AAGGAGAAGCUCCAGGAUGGGAAUCUGGUCAAGGGCACAGUGCGGAAGGGAGUCUUGCUGUGUGCCCUGGGGAAGCCCCUGUCUCUCCAGGUCUCUAUCUUCCCCACCAAAAAAGCGCCUGGGGAGCUGGGACUUGACAGUGUGGCCGCCUAUCCCGUGGAGAAGGGGGCUGGGGAGCGCUGGAGUUCUGCCAGCUGCCUCGGGCAGCGAGGCUGGGAAAGGCUGGGCGCCUGGAAGUAGCAAACGCCGAAACCCCAGCCCCUGGGCGGGAGCGGCCCCUGCCCUAGGCAAGCGCGGACGGCGCCCGGGGCGCAGCAGGGGCCUCUUGGGCGGCGGAGCGUCAUUGGCCGCCGAGCGGGGGCGUGGAGGCGGGGUCUGCAGCGCGUUUCCGGAGGGGUGCGGUACCGGACCUAGAAGAGCCCUCGUCUGAAGCUGGACUGGAUCCUGAGCCCGAUCCCGAGCCUGUUGCAGAGUGGUCAGCAUGCUGCGCUUCCUGGUGCCCCGGCUGCUUUGCCUCCAGGGCAGGACCGCCCCGUACUCCUCAGCAGCAGCCCUCCCAAGCCCGAUCUUGAACCCAGACAUCCGCUACAGCCAGCUGUUCAUCAACAACGAGUGGCAAGAUGCAGUCAGCAAGAAGACCUUCCCCACGGUCAACCCCAGCACAGGUGAGGUCAUCGGGCACGUGGCUGAAGGGGACAGGGCUGAUGUGGACCGGGCGGUGAAAGCAGCCCGUGAGGCCUUCCGCCUGGGAUCCCCGUGGCGCCGGAUGGAUGCCUCUGAGCGGGGCCGGCUGUUGAACCGCCUGGCUGACCUAGUGGAGCGGGAUCGUGUCUACUUAGCCUCACUGGAGACCUUGGACAAUGGGAAGCCUUUCCAAGAGUCUUAUGCCUUGGAUCUGGACGAGGUCAUCAAGGUGUACCGCUACUUCGCUGGCUGGGCCGACAAAUGGCAUGGCAAGACCAUCCCCAUGGAUGGCGAGCAUUUCUGCUUCACCCGGCACGAGCCUGUGGGUGUCUGUGGCCAGAUAAUACCAUGGAACUUCCCCUUGGUCAUGCAGGGCUGGAAGCUCGCCCCAGCACUUGCCACAGGCAACACUGUGGUCAUGAAGGUUGCAGAGCAGACCCCGCUUUCUGCCCUGUACGUGGCCUCCCUCAUCAAGGAGGCCGGCUUUCCCCCUGGGGUGGUGAACAUCAUCACCGGCUACGGCCCAACAGCAGGAGCGGCCAUCGCCCAGCACAUGGAUGUUGACAAAAUCGCCUUCACUGGCUCCACGGAGGUGGGCCACCUGAUCCAGAAGGCUGCUGGCGAUUCCAACCUCAAGAGAGUCACCCUGGAGCUGGGUGGGAAGAGCCCCAGCAUUGUGUUGGCCGACGCCGACAUGAGUCACGCUGUGGACCAGUGUCACGAAGCCCUCUUCUUCAACAUGGGCCAGUGCUGCUGUGCUGGUUCCCGGACCUUUGUUGAAGAAUCCAUCUACGAUGAGUUUCUCGAGAGAACCGUGGAGAAGGCCAGGCAGAGGAAAGUUGGGAACCCCUUUGAGCUGGACACCCAGCAGGGGCCCCAGGUGGACAAGGAGCAAUUUGAACGUAUCCUGGGGUACAUCCAGCUUGGCCAGAAGGAGGGGGCAAAAGUCCUUUGCGGUGGGGAACGUUUUGGGGAGCGCGGUUUCUUCAUCAAGCCUACUGUCUUUGGUGACGUGCAGGAUGACAUGAGGAUCGCCAAGGAGGAGAUCUUUGGGCCCGUGCAGCCCCUGUUCAAGUUCAAGAAGAUCGAGGAGGUGAUUGAGAGGGCCAACAACACCAGGUACGGCCUGGCUGCUGCCGUGUUCACCAGGGACCUGGACAAGGCCAUGUACUUUACCCAGGCGCUCCAGGCCGGGACAGUGUGGGUGAACACCUACAAUAUUGUCACCUGCCACACACCGUUUGGAGGUUUUAAGGAAUCUGGCAACGGGAGGGAGCUGGGGGAGGAUGGGCUUAAAGCCUACACAGAGGUGAAGACUGUCACCAUUAAGGUUCCUCAGAAAAACUCAUGAGAAUGGCCACCACGCAGACCCAGCCCAGCCCUGCAAUUCCACAGCUGUCUAGACCAAGUGCUUGCCAAUUUUUUUUUUUUUUUGGCCAUGGAUUCCCUUUAUUUGUUCCAAAUGAACUCUUAGAAGGAACUCCAACAAAUAAAACAACUAAAUCAGAGCUAUUCUAUUUAAAGCAGGGCUGGGAGCUGGGUUCAGAGUCCCUUUUCCUCUGCUUCUCAGGACCCUGCACUCUUGGUGCCCCUUGAGUUACUUCCAUGAAAACUUAGGAGUCUCUGGAAGGCAUAUUAAAAGCACAAAUUGGGUGGACAGUCACUUUUGAUUCUUCCUGCUGAUCCAGGGACUUUCCAGUAGAUGAAUCAGUGUCUUUGAGAAUGGUCUCACCUCAGAUAGAGGAUUGAAAGACAUUAAUAAGAGUUUUGAACUAGGCGUACGCCAAAUCUUGACCCUGUUUUUCAUAUACUUAACCUAAAAAUCAGGGCUUUUUUUUUUUUCGAAGUUCCAGUUGCUGGGUGCUUUGCUUGUCCUUCAUUUUAUUACUGAUUUUCCUUCAUUUGAGGAAAAGGGUAGGCAAAGAAUGCAUUUAUAUAUAAUCAAAUCUUUAAACCAAACUUGAACAUGCCCAGUGCCCAUUACUGGUAAGUGGAUAAACAGAAGCUUUCCUUGGGCUAUUCCUUUAACUAUUCUCCAAACGAAGGAACAAGUGCCAGGCACGGUGGGACACUCCUGUAAUCCCAGCUACUCUGGAGGCUGAGGCAGGAUUGUGAGUUCAAGGCCAGCCUGGGCAACUCAGUGAGACCUUGCUUCAAAAUAAAAAAUAAAAAGAGCUGGGGGUUUAGAUCAGCAGUAGAGCACUUGUCUAGAACAUGUGAGGCCCUGGGUUCAAUCCCCAAUACUACCAAAAAAAAGAAAAAAUGAAUUUCUGACAUAUGCUAUAAUAUAGUGAACUUGAAGCCAGACAUGCAAGAUUACACGUUGUAUGAGUUCAUUUAUUGGAAAUGUCCACCAGGCAAAUCCAUAGAGAUAGAAAGUAGAUUAGUGGUUGGCAAGGGCUAGGGGAGGAGGGAUGGGGACUUGCUGCUUGUAGAUGUGGGAUCACUUUCUGGGAUAUUUUGAAAACGUUCUAGAAUUAGAAAGUGGUAAUAGUUGCAGAACUUUGAACAUGUACUAAAAACAACUGAAUUGUACACUUUAAUUAUGGUAUUUUUAAUUCCAUUUAAAAAUUAAAAUAAACCCAUACAUUCUA